AUGCUUGGCAACAAUUCUGGCUCAAAACAACAUCAUCGAGGCUAUCAAUCUGAUAAUAAUUAUGGUCGUUCUGAAAUUAACUUACUGAAAAGAGAAGUGGAAUUCCAGCAGAAACUUAUAGAUAACCUUGCGGAGAUUAUGGAUAACUUGGUUUGCCGUGUCAAAGAGCUGGAGAAUAAGUCUAGAAAUUCCUCGAACGGUUAUGCUGCAAAUAACUCUCCUGUGCCUAAGCUCUGGAAUAUGACCAAAAGUGAAUAUACACCUCGUAAAUUUGAAACUACCAAAAACGUUAUUAGUGUAUCUGUAGGAAAGAGUAGUAGAGGGUCACCUAUGAGGAAGUGGAUGUCAACCCUAGAUAUGGUACCACAUAAGACGAACUCUUCUACCAACAUUCUUCAUAUUAAUAAAACUUCCUUAGUUACAACGAUAAAAAAUCCAUCAGUUCCAAACCUUACCGCAUACGAAAUAAAUGAAGAUUUCAUACAACUUUCGGUUUCGAACCGAAAUGUUCGUAUUCCAAUUCCGGACGGUAUUCUGUUGAAUCCACUAGAAGAAGUUACACCACCUGAAAAGCUACCACAGUUACAUUGGUCUUUCGGAUUCAGAGCAAAAGGAAAAAAUGUAACAAUGAACGUUUUGCCUACAUCGGAAAUAGUUUACUCCACCGGAAACGUUAUAAUUCUGUACAAUGUUUAUGAGAAGAAACAGAGAUUUUUUGUGAGCCAUACUGAUCAGGUCCAAAGCAUAGCCCUUCAUCCCAACAGAUGUAUUAUGGUUAGCUCGCAAAGACUGCGGAAGUUAAGUGGUAAGAAAAGUAAUAUAAUAAUAGUUUGGGAUAGUAUAUCUCUAGAGACUAAGUACAAUAUCGAUGCCGAUAACUUAGAGCAAGUUUGCAGCAUGUCAUUCUCGCAAUCUGAUGGUGGAACAUACCUAUCAUUGAUCGAAUCUUCUAGUAAAGCUCACGUUCAUAUAUACAAUACAUCGAGUAAAUCUUUUGUGGCAAAAGCAAUUACAGCAUCUGGUGAUGUAUUGACUUCUGCUUGGCAUCCCACACGCAACCUUCUGGCAAUUCUUGGAACGAAGAAUCUUUCAAUAUGGGAAUUCAAUGGAUCUUCUUCAAUUGUACAGAAGCAAACAGCUGUAUUCGAGGGCGAUCAUUCGAACAAAGUGUCUUGCUUUUGCUUUACAGAUUUAGGGGUUCUUGCAACAGGAGAUUCAAGUGGUACCAUAACUCUUUGGAACGCAGAAACCUUGAAAACAAUCAAACAGGCUUUUUCCGUUCAUCAUGGGGGAGUUACUGCUAUGACACUUACCAAGAAAGGAUAUUUGCUUACAGUGGGCAAAGACAAAAAUGUUUGUGAAUGGGAUGUCAAUGAUUUAAUCCGUAGAAAAAGACCUAUUGAAGUACCAGAUGAGAACGGUUCACCUUUGUGUAUAACUAGUAUGAAAGACGAUUCAGUUCUUGUCGGAACAUCGCAGAAUAAUCUUUUUGAAGGUGGCUUCGAAAAAGGAUUAGCACCUGUUAUUCAAGGAGAUGCUCAAAGCAUUCAAUGUGGCGAGGUUUGGGAAGCUUCCCAGAGCUUCGUGACCGGAAGUAAGGAUGGAGGCUUGAGAAUUUAUAACUAUACCACUUUAACAGUUGAUUACUACAGAAAAUUCUCGGAUGGAAUUCAAUGUCUUUCAAUCUGCCAAAAUGCAAGCAUUAUAGCUUUGGGAUUCUCUGAUGGGACUAUUUCAAUGUUCAAUCUGAAUACCAAAGAACAGUUGAUGGAGCAGUCGGACAAUAACAACCCUGUGUGCUGUCUCAAAUUUUCUCCCAACGGUCACUUCUUAUUCGUUGCUAGAAAGAAUCUUCAAGCAUUCGUAUGUCGUUUGGCUAAAGAUUACAAGCUACAGCAGCACGUACGCUUUUCCUCAUUAUCCGCAGCAGUUACGAAUGUAGAUUGGGAUCAGAACUCAGAGUAUCUGAGAGCAAAUUCAAAUAUAGGACACUCCUACUAUUGGGCCAUUACUGGCGAGGCAAUCAGCUUUUCUAUUGUACGGUUACUAAAAUGGUCUACUAGUUCCUGUAAAAUAUCGUUCGCUUCUGGAUGCAUACAACAUGCCUUGAAAGGCUUCGAUAAUGUGACAGCUGAUGAGAACACAGUUUAUUGUGGAAAUAACAACGGAAGUGUUCGCUUGUAUAAAAACCCAUACAUCACACUAACGGCUGGUUAUCAUGAGCUAUCAGCUCAUUCCCAACCUGCCUCUGUGAUAAUGAUAAACGAUUCUCUUUUUGUAAGCUAUGGCGAGGAUGAAUCUUCACUACUUCUCUGGAAACUGAUCUGA